AUGACGACGCCAGCAUACGCAAUUGCAUGCAUAUGUACACUCAUCGGCGCCUUCUCGUCCGACAGACACCGCGAACGCGGGUUCCAUUUUGCAAUCCCUACAGGAGUUGCAUGCAUCGGAUAUAUCCUUCUCAUCGUCACAAAGGAUGGCUCAACCCUCGUCCGCUACUGCUGUCUUACCCUUGCAGCGAUUGGCAACUUUGCCGCCGUCCCACCCAUGGUCUCAUGGUUCACAUCAAAUAUCGGAGGACACACGAAACGUGGCGUCGCAACAGCGGCAAUUAUAUCCUUUGGGAACAUUGGUGGCGCUAUCGCGGGGCAAGUCUACCGAGCACCCGAUGAAGCCAACGGGUUUGCCACAGGACAUGCCAUCUGUGCUGGGUGCCUGGGCGUCUCUGUGUUUUUGAUCUUGACGACAAAGUAUCUGUUGCAUAGGGAGAAUAGGAGGAGAGACCGGCUGACGAGUGAGGAGUUUGCGAAGGAGGCUGCGGGGGAGGAGUUGUGUGAUCUCCACCCUGCCUGGCGUUACAUGACCUAA